UGCUCGGCGGACGGCGACGAGGCGGACAGCUGCCAGCUGAUGUCGCGCAAGAAGCGGCGGGGGGUGAUCGAGAAGCGGCGCCGCGACCGCAUCAACACCUCCCUGUCGGAGCUGCGGCGGCUCGUGCCCUCCGCCUUCGAGAAGCAGGGCUCCGCCAAGCUGGAGAAGGCCGAGAUCCUGCAGCUCACCGUGGACCACCUCAAGGUGCUGCACGCCAAAGGCAUGGACGCUCUUGCAUACGACCCGCAGCGCUUCGCCAUGGACUACCACAACAUUGGGUUCCGGGAGUGCGCGGCCGAGGUGGCCCGCUACCUGGUGACCGUGGAGGGGCUGGACAUCCAAGACCCGCUGCGGCUGCGGCUCAUGUCGCACCUGCAGUGCUUCGCGGCGCAGCGGGAGCUCGCCUCCAAGCAGGCCGCCACGGCGGCGACCUGGUCGUACGGAGCGCCACCCACCGCGACCGCCACGACCCCUGGAGGCUACGGCACCCCGUCGGCCACCACGCUCAGCCCGGCCACCCCGGCCACCCCGGCCACCCCGCUCAACGGCGCCGGCCACACCUUCCCGACGCCGCCCAGCUCGGGGCACUCCGGCCACCAUCUCCUCGACAACUCGCCCACUAACUCGUCGUCGACGGCGUCCUCCGCCCACGGCGGCCACCACUACGAGCAGCAGACGCCCACCUCGUGCGAGCAGACGCCCACGUCCACGUCCUCGCGCCAUGCGUCCGCCUCGCCACUGACGCCCCUCGUCUCCUCCGGCUACCCGCCCACCUCGCCCAGCCACCCGGGCCACCCGUACUACACGAGCCAGUACCCCUAC